AUGUUGACCACUGACAGAUUUUUAGCUGAUAAUCUGAAAAGUGUAAGUUUUCCAAAUCCUCAAUCAUUCAAUGAUGGUCGGUCGUGUNUUGUCUACCGCGAUCAAACGUACAAUAUUCCGAUAGCCAUUUUCGUCCAAGAGUCUCAUCCUCACGUCGCUCCAAUGGUGUACGUUAGACCAACAUCCACUAUGGAAAUUACGCCCAGCUCCUUUGUGGAUAUAACUGGAUUAGUUAAGCUACCGUAUCUUUCUGACUGGAAGCAUGUAACGCCUGUAUACGAGAUAAGUGGACUAAAUAUACAGAAUUUGAAAAUGCAUUGA